AUGGGAGGUCUGGAGAAGAAGAAGUAUGAACGAGGCUCUGCCACCAACUACAUCACUCGGAACAAAGCCCGAAAGAAGCUACAGCUGAGCUUGGCUGACUUCAGGCGGCUGUGCAUCCUGAAGGGCAUUUAUCCCCAUGAACCUAAACACAAGAAGAAAGUUAACAAGGGCUCCACAGCAGCCCGGACCUUCUACCUUAUCAAAGACAUCAAAUUCCUCCUCCACGAACCCAUCGUCAACAAGUUCCGGGAAUACAAGGUAUUUGUCCGGAAGCUCCGGAAGGCCUAUGGGAAGAGUGAAUGGAACACUGUGGAACGUCUGAAGGACAAUAAACCCAAUUAUAAGCUUGACCACAUCAUUAAGGAGCGGUACCCCACCUUCAUCGAUGCCCUACGGGACCUGGAUGACGCCCUCUCCAUGUGCUUCCUCUUCUCCACCUUCCCCCGCACUGGCAAGUGCCAUGUGCAGACCAUCCAGCUGUGUCGCCGGCUCAGUGUGGAGUUCCUGCACUAUGUCAUUGCCGCACGCGCCCUGCGCAAGGUCUUCCUGUCCAUCAAAGGCAUUUACUACCAGGCCGAGGUGCUGGGCCAGCCCAUCGUGUGGAUCACGCCAUACGCUUUCUCCCAUGAUCAUCCGACAGAUGUGGACUACAGGGUCAUGGCCACCUUCACUGAGUUCUACACCACCCUGCUGGGCUUCGUCAAUUUCCGCCUCUACCAGUCCCUCAACCUCCAUUACCCGCCCAAGCUCGAGGGACAGCCCCACACCGAGCUGAAGGCCCCUGAGGGUGCCUACGCGCUGGACUCUGAGAGCUCAAUGGAGAAACUGGCCGCCCUCAGUGCCAGUCUGGCCCGUGCAGUGGUGCCUGCCGCCGAGGAGGAAGCCGAGAUGGAUGAGUUUCCUGCCGAGGGGGAGGUGGCAGCCCAGGAGGAGGAGCGCAGGAAGGAACUGGAGGCUCAGGAGAAGCACAGGAAGCUCUUUGAGGGCCUGAAGUUCUUCCUGAACCGCGAGGUGCCCCGUGAGGCCCUGGCCUUCGUCAUCAGGAGUUUUGGGGGAGAUGUGUCCUGGGACAAGUCUCUGUGCAUUGGAGCGACCUACGACCUCAUGGACUCCUGCAUCACCCACCAGAUCGUAGACAGGCCUGGGCAGCAGACCCCCAUCAUCGGCAGGUACUAUGUGCAGCCCCAAUGGUUGUUUGACUCUGUGAAUGCCCGGCUCCUCCUCCCCGUGGAGGAUUACUUCCCCGGUGUGCCGCUGCCCCCUCACCUCUCGCCAUUUGUGUCUGAGAAGGAGGGCGAUUACAUCCCACCUGAGAAGCUGAAGCUGCUGGCCCUCCAGCGGGGAGAGCACCCAGAAAACCUGAACAAUUCAGAAGAGGAGGAAGAAAAUGAGAGUGAUGAGGAAGAAGAAAACGAGCAGGAGGAAGAUGUGGAAGCUGGUUCGGAAAAGGAGGAGGAGGCCCACCUGGCGGCUCUGGAGGAGCAAAGGAUGGAGGGGAAGGUACAAGGGGCACUGGGUGAGUUAGUCCUGGAGGCUGUGGAGUCACCUGUCCUGUGUCCCCAGAAGCCCAGAGUGAUGGCUGGUAUGGUUAAGCUGGAGGACAAGCAGCGACUGGCCCAGGAAGAGGAGAGCGAAGCCAAGCGGUUGGCCAUCAUGAUGAUGAAGAAGAGGGAGAAGUAUCUCUACCGCAAGAUCAUGUUUGGCAAGAGGCGCAAAGUCCGAGAGGCCAACAAACUGGCAGCAAAGCGGAAAGCCCACGAUGAAGCUGUGAAGUGUGAGAAAAAGGCCAAGAAGGCCAGGCCACUGUGA